ACACGGAUAUGUGCUUUGGAAUGCGGGCAGGUUGCAGGAAGCUCGAAACCGAGAACGUGUUGGUCAUGCGCCAUUCCUGAUGGCCACAGCUACCAAAUCGUACGGCCACACGACUAGCCGUAUUGGCAUGUCUAGAUAUUUAUAUAUAUAUACACAUAUUGAUAGGUACUGGAAGAUCACCGGUCCAUCGAUGUAAGAAUCGCGGCGCGCACGUGUCGGCGAAGAGUGGCAGCCCGCACGGAUCUACGCUGAGCGGGAACACACUGCACAGAAGGGCAUACCCUACGAAUGCAACGGGGCACCUACUUUGCAGUAUGUGUUCGUAUGCAUACAACAAUGAUCAGCCAGAUGGGAGCCUGCCAUCUAGCACGUAGGCCCCGCCGCGAGACGCCGUACUACGGCACCAGGAGCGGCCCUUGCCGAGGCAGUGCGCGCACGCUCCGGGCCGCCACCCGAGCUGAUCUGGACAGCAGGCGGCGGCGAGGGGGGCGCAUGGCUGGGCAGAGAGUCUCCGGGGGGAAGGGCACGCACGGAGAGAGCAGGGGCGGCCGAGCGGCGGCGCGGGGCCACGAGGAGGAGGAGGAGGAGGAGGAGGAGGAGGAGGAGAAGGGAGAGAGAAAGCAGAGGCCAGGGGGAGACACCGCGGCCGCCGCGCACAGCCCUCACGGCGAGCCGAAGUCCCAGCGGCGGCCGCCGCCCGACCCUAGGGUGUUCUCGGCGCUGUACGUCACGCGCAGGAGGCCGUCGCUGUCCUUGUACUGAUCGUCCACCUCUCAAGCCUCGGACAUCAGGCUGCCCGUCUUGGGGGAGACUCCCCCCACGAGCAGGUAGAGCGUCUCCGCGGGCGCAAACCCCUCGCCGCCCUGCUCGGCCCGGGCCUGCGCGAUGUGCUUGCAGACGAUGUGCCUGAGCUCUCCGAACAGCAUGGUGUUAGGCACCAGGAACCUCUUCGGUCCGAUGUCCGGCAGAGCCGACUGCGUCUCCCGAAGAAAAAAUCAAUGAGCAUCAAACUGUCUGAGGUCCGCACGGGCUUCUUGGAUCGGCGUUGCAAUCCCCUCUCUGGCUCGCGGAACGCGGCGGGGGUGGCGCCAGAGGUGCCAGGGGCUCAGGAGCCGAUCCAAGAAAGCCACGCGGAGCUCCGAAAGUCUACGGUCGGGGAAGCUUGCUUUGCGUGUCGCGGCGGCAGCCCCAGCGACACGCUAUGCCCUGCGAGCGGAUCGCGGGUUGCUCCACUCCGCGGGGCGGAAGGCU